CUCUUCAGUGCUGAGCUGCUGCGGGCGCUGCUGAAACUCCACCUGGUUCAGCAGAUUUCUGGAUACUGAUUAUUAAGUUUAGUACAGUCUCACACACCCUUGCAAAAAAUAACAACACUUAAUUGUGAAAGAGACCUUGAAUGAAUAUAAUCAUUUUUUGACUUAUGAAAAUUAAGCACAGUUUGUGCAAUACUUUUACAAAAAAAAUGCUUGGUGGAAAGAAUAAUGCUUGUAGCAUGAAUUUAAUAUGGUUGUGAAUAAACUUGCACAAGAGUUAUAGUGCUAUCACAACAAUCGCCACCAGAGAUGCGUGAUAAAUAAUGAGAAAACGCAUAUCAGGCGGAUACAGAGGUGUGUCUAGAGCAUGUUAAAUUGGUGGCCAGCUGCACUUGCAUCAUCCUAUAGUUUAAUAUCAGCAUAAGAAGUGUUGAAGACCAAAGAUGUCCUGCACCAUUCUGUAUCCACUGCUGCUGCUUCUCUUCAGCUGUGACUGUAUUGCUGAGGUCCAGCAGGAAGAGAACGAAGUGCAGGCUGAGGGGACUGAGCUUUUGAAUGUGAAAAAAAGAGGUGCUGUUUUCACUCCUGGUGAGUUCCAGCCACACAUUAUCACAGGGAUCCAGUCUGAGCUGACACAGCUGAAAUCUACUGUGAGUUCUCUGAAGAACAGACUGCAGAUCACUGAGGAUCAACUGAAACAACUCGGGAGAAAUGAAUAUAAAGUGGCAUUUGGCGCCACACUUGGAUCAACAGAUAACUUUGGACCCUUCAACACUCCAGUCACACUGGUUUACAAUAAUGUCUAUGUGAAUGAGGGAAGAGCUUACAACCCAAACACUGGUAUCUUCACAGCACCUGUAAAAGGGGUCUAUUACUUCAGUUUUUCUGGACAUAAUCGCUCAUCUAGAGUUCUGAAUUUAGGACUCUUUAAAAAUGGAGAGCAGAUGGUCAUUCUUUUCAAUCAUCCUCUAGGUAACCGCUAUGAGUCAACAGCUAAUUCAAUCUCUUUGAUUCUAGAGAAAGGAGAUCAUGUCUAUGUGCGUCUCCGAGAGACUUCAUGGGUCUUUGAUAACUUCAGUCACCACAAUUCAUUUGUUGGCCAUUUGCUUUUCCCACUUUGAAUCUUACUAAAUUCAUGAAGCUCAUAGUCAUAACCAACAUGACUUUUUGCAUGCAAGACUAAUAUUUUAUUCUGGUAUGUUUUCAUAUGCAUAAGAAAUACACUUUUAAUGAAAGUUGAAGUGGUGAAACAACUGAUAGACCAAACAAAUCCUGGACUGCUGUAUGAAUAUUUUAUAUUUUAUAUUUAACCCUUUUAACUUAAAGUUAAGCUAAUCAAAUUUCAAAAUUCACUUCUGCCUAAUAACAGAGAAGGGGAAUUUGCAUAUGGAAACUGCGCAUAUAUUAGGAUCCUGUUAUAUUAGAGAAAAAUGAUAUAGGUCUAAACAUUUCAUGCUAUCUUUGCUCAUGUACCUAUCCUAUAUAAACUGCUGUAAUCUUCUUGCCGGUGGGUUUUCUCUGUGACUUGUGUGAGAUACUCCCAGCCAUGAAUAAAGCAUA